AUGAGAAGGGCAGUAAUGACACAAGACAUGCCAAUAGAUGACCAAUGUGAAAAGAUUUCUAUAAGAGGGAAAGUAUGGAAAAUUUUAUUAGGUAUUUAUAAGAUUGAUUCAUUUGAAUAUUGUGAUUCUGGAAAAACUGAUGAUGCGAAAUGGGAAAAUAUUUUUAAGGAUUAUAGUAGAACUUUUAGACAUGAUGAUAUUUAUGAACAACGUAAAUGUAGUGAUAAAAUAGUUCGACUAUUAAAUCAUGUAUGUGCAGCUAUAGGGAGUGAGGAUGUUACUUAUCUUCAAGGGAUGAACUUAAUUGCAGGAAUGUUUCUUGCAGUUAUGCCAGAGUUAGAUUCAUAUUAUUGUACAAAAAAGAUGAUUUUACAAUUAUUACCAACUUAUUAUGGUAAAAAUGGUAAAUAUUAUGGAGUUUGGUGGGGUUGUAAGUUAGUUUUUGAUUGUAUGAAAUAUAUUGAUCCAAUUCUUUAUUCACAUUUCUAUUCUUCUCGAAGUAAUCCAAUUGUUCUUAUGCCUUGUUUUAAUGGGCUUAGUUCAAAUACUUCUCCUUUAAAUGAAGCUUUAAUUCUUUGGGAUUAUUAUUUUGCAAAAGGUUGUUUUAAUGUUGUUUAUAUAACUUUAGCACAAUUAGUUUCUUGUAGAAAAAUUCUUCUUCAAGUUCCUAAUCCAUCAGCAAUACUCAAAGACUUACCUUCUUUACAAGCUAAAAAAUUAAUUUUAUUAGCAGAAUCAUUUAGUCAAGCCAUUCCUUGUGACUUACAAAAAUUAGUUAAACAACAUACUGUUUCAUUGGACUUAAAUCCUUUUAAAGAUUGGAAAGAAAUUACUUCUGAAGAACAAUGUUUCAAGAAGUUUUUUGAAUAA